CAACCCAGUUUCAUGUAUACCUCUUUCUCAUCUUCAGAACAACGCUCCUCUCUUUUGCUUGUGUCUUUGAAUAUGGACGGAAGUUGCAUAGAUGAGAGUACUACUAGUGAUUCUAUUUCAACGUCGCUGCCCGCUUUAUCUGCUCUGCCGGCAACCAAGUCGCCGGAGAGUUUGUGCAGAGUUGGGAGUGGGACGAGUGUGAUACUCGACUCCGAGAGCAGUAUCGAGGCUGAGUCUAGGAAGCUUCCCUCGUCCCGAUUCAAGGGAGUGGUGCCUCAGCCCAACGGACGGUGGGGUGCCCAGAUUUAUGAGAAGCACCAGAGGGUGUGGCUGGGGACGUUCAAUGAAGAGGAAGAAGCUGCCAAGGCUUACGACAUCGCGGCGCAGAGGUUCCGUGGCCGCGACGCGGUUACUAACUUCAAACCAUUGUCGGAGACGGAGGAGGACGAUAUCGAAGCCGCGUUCUUGAAUUCUCAUUCCAAGGCGGAGAUCGUGGACAUGCUGAGGAAACACACGUACAAUGAUGAGCUGGAGCAAAGCAAGCGAAACUACGGGUUGGACGCGAAUGGGAAGAGGAGCCGAGCCGAAGGCCUCAUGGCUCCAUUCGGGUCAGACCGGGUCACCAAAUCCCGGGAGCAGCUCUUCGAGAAGACGGUGACGCCCAGCGACGUGGGUAAGCUAAACCGGCUGGUGAUACCCAAACAACACGCGGAAAAGCACUUCCCCUUGCAGACUGGAACCACAUCCAAAGGGGUGCUUCUGAAUUUCGAAGACAUGGGCGGGAAAGUAUGGAGGUUUCGAUACUCGUACUGGAACAGCAGCCAGAGCUACGUUCUGACCAAAGGGUGGAGCCGGUUCGUGAAGGAGAAGAACCUUAAGGCGGGAGACAUUGUGAGUUUCCAGAGAUCGACGGGAGGGGACAAGCAGCUGUACAUAGACUGGAAGGCCAGAAACGGCCCGACGAAUCAGAUCAAUCCGGUAGAGCCGGUGGAGAUGGUGAGGUUAUUCGGAGUCAACAUUUUCAAAGUACCCGUAAAUAGCAGUGUGGUUGUGCCUGACAAUGGUAGUUGGACUGGUAAGAGAAUGAUAGAAAUGGAGCUCCUGUCCUUCGAGUGUAGUAAAAAACAGAGGGUAAUCGGAGCUGUGUAACAAAAUUUUCUUUUUCUUUUUUCUUUUUUCUUUUCCCUUUCUUUCCCUUUUCUUGGCAUGUUGUGAAUGUUGCAAGAGGAUGAUGGAAGGUGGAGGAGGUGGAGGUGGUGGUGGUGGUGGUCAGUGGUGGUGUAGUUGCAACUUGCAAAAGGUGAUUUGUAUAUUAUAAGACAAAAAGCUGAAGAAAGCUUUUUUUUCUUCC